GUUACUUUGUUUUUGUCCUCCUCCCUUCGUGUCCGACGCGGAACCAAAACUCAUGAAUCAAACAUGUCUGUGCCUUGCAGCACCUUCAAACCUGUGAGCUAUGUUGUUUUCGACAUGGAUGGAUUAUUAUUAGACACAGAGCGACUGUACACUGUGUCCUUCCAGGAAAUAUGUGACCGCUUUGGAAAACGGUACACAUGGGACGUGAAGUCAUCGGUGAUGGGUAAAAAGGCUCUGGAUGCUGCCCAAAUUAUUCGGGACACUCUAGAGCUUCCCAUGACCGCUGAGGAACUCCUUGCUGAAAGCAGACAAAUACAAGAAAGAAUCUUUCCCUCUGCCAAACUCUUGCCAGGUGUGGAGAAACUGGUCCACCAUCUGCAUAAACACAAAAUCCCCAUUGCAGUGGCAACCAGCUCAGCAAGUGUGACGUAUAAGUUGAAAACAAGCCAACACAAAGACUUCUUCUGUCUGUUUGACCACAUUGUUCUGGGUGAUGAUCCUGAGGUGAAGAAUAGCAAACCUCUACCUGACUCCUUCCUGGUCUGUGCCAGCAGGUUCCACCCUCCAGCAUCUCCGGAACAAUGUUUGGUGUUUGAAGACGCUCCUAAUGGUGUGAAGGCAGCUUUGGCUGCGGGGAUGCAGGUUGUGAUGAUUCCUGACGACAACCUGGACCCCGGCCUUACCCAGGAGGCCACGAUGCGACUUAGGAGCAUGGACGAAUUUGUGCCGCAGCUCUUUGGCCUGCCGGCUUUCAACUGACACAAAAACCACACCGUGUAAUUCAGUCUUUGUGAUAGAGUGAUGUUAAAGUUUGUUUUCCUGCAUGUCACCGUGUCAGAUGAGGCAUCACAUCAUUGGAAAAAUCUUUAAAGCUUUUUCAUUACACCUUUUAAAAAUCU